AUGUCGAAUCGCCUUCAAAACCUCCAAGAUUGGACGAACAAACACGUGUUCAGCGCCUCGUUGGACUAUUGGAAUCACGAACUUCACGAGGUGCCGAGCUAUCAGAAUUCGGCCGAUUCGGCAGGAGGUUGGAGCUCUUCUCACUCGAAAAUAGCAAAAGUUUUACUGUUUUAGGCCCGCCUCACCUGGAACCGAUUCAGGAAAAUGAGCCAAAUGCGGAGGUGCCGAAAGCGGAAGCCCCGGCCGAAGUUCCACCCGAAGAUGACGGACACGGAGCCGCCACGGAGCCCAUCACGGCUCUUCAGGCCGCCUGGAAUGUAACCAAUGCGAUUCAGGGCAUGUUCAUUGUGGGAUUGCCGAUUGCGGUCAAGGUAACGAGCAGAUGA